CUUUGCGAUAAAAUGGUUCAAAGUGAAAAAUGCGAGUAUGGUGAUAAAUGUAAAUUUAGUCAUAACGUUGAGGAAUAUUUAAAAACCAAACCAAAAUCAUUAGGAAAAUGUUUAUCCUAUGAAGCAUACGGCAAAUGUAAAUUUGGAAUCAAUUGUUAUUUUGGUGAAGAUCAUAUUGUUGGUAACGAAUCAAUUUCAAAUCCAGAGAAAUUUAAUGUUAAACCAGUUGUUCCAAUCAAUGAUAUCUCAAUCGAACUUCAAAAUAAAUUAAAAUCAAAUGUAUAUCCAUUCACAAAGAGUGAUCAAUAUUUUAAAGAAAACAAUAUUACCCCAAAACAAUUAAAACCAAGAGGUAAGUUAGCUAAACAACAAAAUAACAAUAAUAAAAAAGAAAAAGAAGAAGACGGUGAUUGUUGCAGAGAGGAAGAAAAGGAAGAAAAAGAAAAAGAAAAAGAACAAGAAGAAAGUAUUUCAUUAAAAGAUUCAGAAAGACCAGUUAAAAAAGUUAAAUCAGAUGAACUAGCUUCAUCAGAAUCAGAACCAGCUUCAACAUCAACAACUACCCAAAGCCAUGAACACACAGAAAUUGAUAAAUUAACUCCAUUAAAGGAAAAUGAAAAAAAACAAUUUAACUUUAGAGAUCAAUUAAUUUUAGCACCAUUAACUACAGUCGGUAAUUUACCAUUUAGAAGAAUUGCAAAGAAAUUAGGUGCCGAUAUUACCAUUGGUGAAAUGGCUUUAACCACAAAGAUUUUAGAAGGCUCAAGAUCAGAAUUAGCAUUAUUAAAAAAACAUCCAUGUGAAGAUAAAUUUGGUAUUCAAAUUUGUGGUUCCUAUGUAGAUACAGCAAUUAGAUGUGCAGAGUUUAUCGAAAAUGAAGUCGAAUGUGAUUUUGUAGAUAUCAACUCAGGUUGUCCAAUUGACAUGGUCUGCAAUAUGGGUGCAGGUGCUGCUUUAAUGGAAAAACCUAAAAAAGUUGAACAAUUACUUAAAGGUAUCUCAUCAACACUCUCCUGCCCAACUACAAUUAAAAUUAGAAUCGGUAAAUUAGAGGAUGCACCAACUGCACAUAAAAUCAUUCCAUUCCUUGGCGACUAUGGUGCCUCAGCAGUUACUCUUCAUGGCAGAAGCAGAAAUCAAAGAUACAGUCGUUUAGCAAAUUGGGAAUACGUCAAACAAUGUUCAGAAGUAUCUAAAAUUCCAUUAAUUGGUAACGGUGAUAUUUAUAACUACCGUGACGUCGUCAACAUUUACGAUACAUCAAAAGUAUCAUCUGUAAUGGUUGCUAGAGGUGCACUUAUUAAGCCAUGGAUUUUCACUGAAAUCAAAGAAAAGAGAGAUUGGGAUAUCAGUGCAACCGAAAGAUUAGAUUUAAUUCGUGACUAUGUACACUAUGGUUUAGAUCAUUGGGGUAGUGAUAAAAUUGGUGUAGAUAAUACAAGAAAGUUCCUUUUAAAUUUCUUAUCAUUCUCUCAUCGUUAUGUACCAGUUGGUCUUUUAGAAUCAGUCCACAAAAUGAACGAAAGACCACCACCAUACUUUGGUCGUUCAGAUUUAGAAACCCUUUUAGCAAGUAACCAAGUAAAAGAUUGGAUUAAAAUUUCUGAAAUGUUUUUGGGUCCAGUUUCAGAUAACUUUGUAUUUGUACCAAAACAUAACUCAAAUGCUUAUGAAUCACAAGGUUAA